AGGGGCGGGGGCACCGGGCCCCCAGGCAGAGCGGCGGGCACCAGGUCAUCAGGCACGACAGUGGGUUCCGAGUCAACUGGCAUGACCGUGGGCACUGGGUCAGACAUUGGAUCGUCUGGCUCGACAGCGGGCAUCGGGUCACCAGGCAUCAGGUCAUUUGGCUUGACAGCGGGCACCGCGUCGGGCACUGGGUCAUCAGGCAUUGGAUCGUCUGGCUCGACAGCGGGCAUCGGGUCACCAGGC